AUGUCAGAGCAUCUGCGUCUGCACAGUCCCGAACAUAGUCAGAUCCACGAAGAUACGGGGACCCAUCCACAUCCAUUGGAUAUGGGUCCUUCCAAUUCUCAGACCGAGGACCACAAUCUCGAUUUGGAGGGAGCCAUUGGUGAUGCUUUUAAGCAAUUUGCAUUUCUUAACCAAGACGAUACGAAAGAUGAGAGCGAACUCCACCAUGAACAACUGCAACAGAGUUCCGAGAAUCAUGAUGACAGCAUUGAUCUCGAGGCUGCAGUUGGAAAGGCUUUUCUGGAACUAACAGAGCUGAUGCCACAUGCAAGUACUUAUGAUAGUGGGACGCAAAACGAACCAAGCGAGCAUGGAAAAGCUCAAGAAAUACGACAAAAAUCGUACGAGCAUCAGAAGGAGAACGAACAUGAGAUUGAAAACCCAAAUCAAUUGCUGUCUGAACAUUCCCAGCAACAAGGGUAUGAGAAUCCAGACGACCAAUCUAAUUCGCACCCAGCAGAGGAAGACAUUGGUUUGGAAGCUGCAGUGGGCAAUGCAUUCAGUUCGAUAGAGAAGGAAAUGAUGAACCACCACAACGAAGCUCAAAACCAUGAAUCCAAAGUCGAUGGAACACAGGGCUCUGAGACUGAGAAGGUGCUGCAUUCUACCUCGUUUCCCAUUGAAGACUCUGAAGAAUUAGAUUUGGAGGCAGCAAUUGGCAACGCGUUCAAGAAUAUUUCCGGUGAUUUGCAGGCAAAUGACCAAAACGAUGUACCCCAAGAGAACGGACCAGCCCAGACUGAGAAGAAUACUACGUAUGAAGCCAAGCAUCAAAAUAACCAACCAAAUCCUGAUGACAACAAACUUGAAGAUGCAAUUGAGCAGGCGUUCAAAGCUUUAAGUAAGGAAUUUGAAUUGAAUCACGGGCCUAAAGGAUCUACUGAGACUCUGACAGGAGAAGAUGACAGCAUUCUUCAUGAAGCGAUCUUCGCCUCCUUUAACGAGAUUAUGGGCCUGGAGAAGCGAAGACAAUCAGUUGAUCUCCAGAACAAGACAGAUACCAGAAACUUGGCUGGAGUAGUCAAGAAUGUGGUUCAGCAAAUGUCACUGGCGCAAGCUUCUGGAAGUCAUGAUAUGCAGAUUACAAAAGACGCAAUUCAUGACUUGGCCCAGGAAAUAACGAACCACGCACAUGGUCAAGAGCUUCAUAAAGAGCCACUUAGACCAAAGGACAUCCCUCAUAUAGAUGAGAAUGUGCUUGCCCAUUUUCAAAUGGAGGCUAAUAAAAAAGAUGAUAAACACAGCGAAGACAAUAGGGAAGACUUGGAGAUUAAAAAUGUGUUUGCAUCUGCUGUUCGCAACGCUUUGCAAAAAGGCGAUGACUCUACCGAACCUACCGGUGAAAAAUCAGAGGCUUUAGAGAAAUUGCAUAUGAACGAUAUAUUACAGAAUGCUUUCAAUAUGGCUAUGCUGAAUCCUCAGGAAUUGUUGACAUCCAUUGAUUUGCAUGAAGUUGAUAUAGGACAUUCAGAUUCCCAAAACAGAGAAAAUUCUCUAUCAACAGCGGCAGCCAUUGCUGCUCUUUCUGUCAAGGAGGCACUCAGCAAGCAAGAGGAAUUUAAAGAAUCAUCGGAACCUGGCUCUCUGGACAAUAAUCAUACAGUGUCGUCCCAAAAUAAAUCUCUUUCAAUUGCUGAGACUUUGGCAUUGCACAGGUCCUCGAUGUCGAAUGUGCAAAAGAGAGAUUUGACGCCGUCUCUGGCAAUUGAAGGGACGCCCAGAGUGGAUCCUCAGAAAAUGUCUGCGAUGAAUCCACAAUUGUCCAGCAUUCUUUCCUCGCUCUCUCAACACAUCCAAUCUGGCAACCAGUCGCAAAAUUUGAUGAUGGUAAUACGUCAAAUGACUAAUGCUCUAAUGCUAAACAAAUCAUCAUCUUAUUCCAUGAGCUCCGCGACUUUGGAACUUUUGCAAGAGGUUAGGGCUCAUCCGAAUGAACAAAAAUUCUAUAUCGAUAGUUUGAACAAAGCCAGGGGAUUUUUAUCAAAGGAGGCAACAAGCACAGUCAAGAGAAAAGCACUUUCUCUCAUUGAAAAUGUGAUUGGUUUAGUGCGGGGGAAGCCCGAAGCUCAAAGCAUGAACGUUGAUCCUUACACAGAGAAUGAGGGAAAUGAUGACAUUAAUUCACCAAUAUUGUCUCAAUUUUAUUCGUCAGCAUUUUCUACCCUCUCAAACUUCAAUAACAGGUUCCGCAGUACACUCGCGGGUGCGAAACCGAAUGUUGAUUCCAAUGAAUAUAAAGAGAGAAUUAGAAUUGAAAAUAGGGAGAGAAAGAAAAGAUGGAGAGAAGAGAAUGCUGAAAGGAAUAAGGACAAUGACUUACGUUCCCGUGUCAUCAAAAGGGCAACAUACAUGUUUGGAGAAGGUUCGACUCCCGAAAAGAAGGCGUGGAUUGAAGAAGAAUUCAACAAGAGAAGAGCAAAGCGUUUGGCCAAACAGAAGAAGGAAGAGGUGGAAAAGCCAGUCGACACUAGACUAUUUGCAGAAUCUGCUGGAUCAGAUACUAAAUCUGCACUGACAAUUUAUGCUCAGGACCCAAAGUUUGUGAAACGGCUCUCGGACUUUUUCAAAAUUGUCGCAGAAUCGGGCAAUGAUGAGGACCCACAAGCCUUAAUGACGGCUGCUUCCGCAGCAACAGCUGUAGCGGCCACGGAGUAUGCACAUUCGCAUGGCAUUUCUGAGGGUCAUCCUAUUCUGGAUGCAAUGUCACAGAUAUUGACCAAUGUAUUAGAUGCCACAGUACGCUCUGGGAAUCACAACCGGAUUUCCUUCCUUUCAAAAGAUCCUCUGUUUCAAUCAACCACAUCAGCUACAAACACCCAGAGCUCCGAGUUGAUUAAUAGGAUAUCCUCUCUUUCUGGGAUUCAGGGGAUAGAGUUGGAUAAUAAAAGAGCAGCUAUUGACAUUAUAAGAGACUCAAGAAAGCGAUUUGGCGCUGAUUUUUUCUCUAAUGAUCCCAAAAGACCGCAUACUGAAAACACGAACACCGGAGGAUAUGUGGAGAAAGAUAAAACAACUAUGUCUCGGAUUCAGUACGAAAUCGAUCAAUUACGCAACUCUAUUACCACUUCCACAUCGGGCCACAUUUGGGGUUCUUCCACAGGUUUGAAAAUGCCUCUGUACAAGAAACCAACUGCUCCGGAGGAUAAGGCUCACGAUAAUAUUAGAGCUCAAGUAUCGACACCUUCUCUUCCCAUUGUUGCAUCUCCGUUUAUUUCCAACAAAAUUGGCAUAAAGUCCGAUCCUGCAACAACUUCCAGCAUCAGCGGAGGGCUCCGAAAGCCAGGAAGUUUUCAAAGACCAGCAUUCUCAAGAUCCACCAGAGGUCGUAAUGUCGAGUUUCCCACACUUUACUCGGCUUCAUUUUCACAGAAGUAG